ACCAUCCUCAUGGUGCGCCGGUUGCAUGGUAUAAUUUGCCUUAUUUGUGUGUCCACGUAGGCUUCAUGGGCUGUUCAUGAUUUGUCCAUUUUUAAUGGGGUGCAAUUCACUAUUCACCUGCCCAUAUUCAAAGAUCAAUCUCUUGUUUAUCCGAUAAAUAACGACCGGGUAACGGCACAGGCAUACCAGAUCCAAAUUCCCAACUACCGACCGCUCUAUCGAGUGUGGAGCUUCCCUCUCCGGCGCGUUCAUUGCUACUCCGUCUGCUGUGCAUCUCGCCCCUUCCUGAUAUAAGUCGUCUCCCAAUUCCCCAUAUUUCUUGUGCUUAUUGCCACUUCUCUUGUCCACGCGAUCUUCCUCAGGAAGAUGAGCUGGUUUGGUUGUUGACUGUAAUCUUGGAGGAAGUUGUGAUGGGUGUUUACAAGCACAACAAUGAACUCUUCCCUGAGAGAAGAGGUAUAUCUGGGGUUUUACCAAAACCGCUGGACUCUCGUAGAGGUCGAAGACUCCGUAGAAUUUCCAAACGAAGUGUAUUUCUUUGGGUGCUUCUACUAGUUGUACUGUUCUCCAUCUAUUUGAUAGCUUUUGGAUUGAAGAUGCACUUCCAUGGUGAGUAGAAAUUUAUGCCUUUUUUGUAAAAUGCAUUCAAACUUGUACAUACCUGUGUUAGAGAAGUUACCCACUAAUGGAUUUCAAGGUGGGAGGAAUACCUAAGUGAAGAAUUCAAUUGCAACAACCAUGAAGCUUCCUCCAUGUGCAAGCAACAACCAUGAAGCUUCAUCCAUGUGCAAGAAUGACAAAGGGAGCUUCCUCAAAGUUUCCUCAUGUUUAAUCCCACCUUCCUCCCACCUUCAUAGUACCUAGUUUUGGUGCUAUAAAUAGAGAGCUUGGAGAGUCUUUCUAUCAUCAAGUAAAUUAGAAUAGAUCAUCAUAGCACAACCAAGAAGAGUUGUGAAUAUCCUUGAGAGAUAUGUGGGGUGUUGUUUUGAGAGUUUUUUAAUUAGAGCUUGUAUGUCUCUUCUUUCUAUUCUUGAAAGUAAUAGAAGUGUUUUUCUCUCAUAUUAGCACGAUCCUGUUAUUCCCAACAAGUGGUAUCAGAGCCUGGCUGAGCUUUUGGUAUUUUUUCCUCAGAAUUUUCGGAUAAAAUUCUACUGUCUGAAAAUUCGUGUUUUUUGGUUUUGCUCGGAAUUGCAAUCUGAAUACACCGUUAGAUUCGUCUCGUCGAGACGAGAAAACUGGUAGUUUUUGAUAAUUUUUAGGCCACCGGAAGCCACCACACGCACCGCCUACGCGCCGGUGGUGAGGAGCUCGCUGACGUCAUCCCUGACGUCAUUCUGCACGCAGGCCAGAGGUUGAAGACAGCUGACGUCAUCGCUGACGUCAUCAGCCAAUCAGAGCUGUGUCAGCGACACAUCAGCGCCACGAGUGCACAUCCGCCACAUCAUCAGCUCACUGCCAUCUUCCACCAGCGCCCAGUCAGCUGCCACGUCAACGCCCAGUUAGCGCCACGUCAUCUGCCACGUCAUCUGCCACGUCACCGGUCAGUUUUUAAAUUUUGAAAAAUUGCAGUUAGGUCCCUCAAUUUUUGGAAAAUUAUAAUUUCCACCUAUAAUUUUUUGAAAAUUGUAUUUUGACCCCGAAAGUGUCUACCCACCAUUUUUGGCCGUUCCGGACGCAACGGUGCUGCCCAUUUUUCAAAAUUCUGCUCCGAUUUUUCUCAAACAGAAUAUUAAAAUUAUUUAGAAGGUGAAAAUGACCUUUGACGAGUCAACUUCAUCUUCCGGAGCUAUGAUUAUGCUCACGGCUACCAACUACACGCUAUGGAAACCUCGGAUGGAAGAUUUCCUUAGCUGUAAAGACCUUUUUUAUCCAAUAGAGAUGAAAGGCAUUAAUCCUGACCCACCCAAAUCAAUAGAGUGGAAGAAAAUAAAUAGAAAAACUAUUGGUCAAAUCCGUCAAUGGAUUGAUCAUAGUGUCUUCCACCACGUUGCACAAGAAACCGACGCUUAUGCCCUUUGGAAGAAGCUAGAAGAUAUGUACCAGGCCAAGACCGCCAGGAAUAAGGCCCUACUGAUGAGGCGUCUUGUCAAUAUGAAGCUCAAAAGUGGAACUUCUGUUGCCGAACAUACUAGUCAGUUUCAGAGUCUGGUAAAUCAACUAUCUUGUGUAGAAAUGCCACUUGGAGAUGAAAUGCAAUCUCUACUACUUCUUAGUUCCCUUCCUGAUAGUUGGGAGACACUAGUUGUUACUCUCAGCAACUCAGCCCCAGAUGGCAAACUUACCAUGUCUGUGGUCAAGGAUGCAUUGUUCAAUGAGGAGGCAAGGAGGAAAGACAUGAGCACAGAUCAGACUCAUGCUCUUGUGACGGAGAAUCGAGGAAGAUCACAAGGAAAGCAACAAAGAAACAGUAGAGGAAAGUGGCAAAGCAGAGGCAAAAGUCGGGGGAGAUCAUCAGAUGGCCGGAAACCUUCUUAUACCUGCCACCAUUGCGGUAUAGAGGGUCACAUGAAGAAGAAUUGCUACAAAUUGCUAGAGGAGCGAGGCAAGAGCAAUUCUCAAGCGAAGAACAAGGGUGGUGAAGCGCUCAUCACAAUCUCAGGUGAUGUGGCGUAUUGUACUAGCAAUGAUGAAACAUGCCUGCACGUCUCAAGAGAGGACACUGAAUGGGUGGUAGAUACUGUAGCAUCCUACCAUGUUACUCCCCACAGGUACUACUUCACAACUUACAAAGCUGGAUACUUUGGAGCAGUAAAGAUGGGCAAUUCCAGUUCCUCUGGAAUAGCUGGAAUCGGUGAUAUACAAAUAAAGACGAGUACUGGGAGCACAAUCACUUUGAAGGAUGUCAGACAUGUCCCAGACCUUCGGCUCAAUCUCCUAUCUGUGGUAUGUCUUGACGAACAGGGGUAUGACAACCACUUUAACAGGGGCACCUGGAAAAUGUCAAAGGGCGUUUUGACAAUCGCUCGAGGACAUGUUUGUGGCACAUUGUACAAAACCCAUUUGAGGAUUUGUAUGGAUAGCCUCAACAUUGCAGAGGAGACUUCUCAGAAUCUGUGGCACCUGAGGCUCGGCCACAUCGGUGAGAAAGGGUUGACUACCUUGAUGAAGAAGAACCUUAUCAACAUUGACAAGAAUUCUGCACCGGGUCCUUGCAGUCAUUGUCUAUUUGGUAAGCAACAUAGAGUAUCAUUUAGUUCUACUUCAACUAAAAGAACGGAGUUGCUAAGUUUGGUACACUCCGAUGUCUGUGGUCCUUUCGAGGUAGAAUCAAUCGGUGGAAGCAGAUAUUUUCUGACUUUUAUCGAUGAUGCUUCUCGGAAAGUGUGGGUGUAUUUCCUGACGACGAAGGAUCGGGUCUUUGAGAGCUUCAAGACAUUUCAUGUCUUGGUGGAACGUGAAACAGGAAAGAAGUUGAAAUGUCUCCGAUCUGAUAAUGGAGGCGAAUAUACAUCCAAGGCGUUCGAUGCAUAUUGCAGAGAAUAUGGCAUCCGACAUGAGAAGUCUGUACCACGCACCCCUCAGCACAACGGUGUUGCUGAAAGAAUGAACCGGACUAUCAUGGAGCGUGUCCGGAGCAUGCUAAAUGUGGCUAAACUUCCAAAGUCAUUUUGGGGAGAAGCAGUCAACACCGCAUGCUAUCUUAUCAACCGAUCACCUUCAGUACCACUGAACUUUGAAGUUCCAGAGAGGCUAUGGACAGGUAAGGAUCCUACAUACUCACAUCUUAGAGUUUUUGGUUGUUCAUCAUAUGCACAUGUAUCCAAAGAGCUCAGACAGAAGCUCGAUGCAAGAACUAUCCCAUGCAUUUUCGUUGGCUAUGGAAAUGAAGAGUUUGGAUACAGGUUAUGGGAUCCUAAGGAGAAAAAGGUGUUCAGAAGCAGGGACGUUGUGUUCCAUGAAGAUUUGACAAUAGAAGACAUUGAAAAAUCCACAAUGUCUCGGAAGUCAAAUGAGGGUGUUCAAGUUUCAAAUGAAGCACCUGAAUUGUUCUUGAGAAACAAUGACGAAGUGCAUGAAAACAACUCAGAAGCAGAAGAGGAUGAGGAGACAGAAGAGAGUACAGAGCAAGGGGAGUCACAACCCACCUCGCCAGGCACAGAUGAUGGUAGCUCUUCUGAGAUGGUUCCAACUGUUCGUAGAUCUGAACGAGGCCAUAUACCAUCGAAAAGGUACACAUCAUCUGAAUAUCUUUUGUUAACUGAAGAUGGAGAACCAGAGAGUUUUCAAGAAGCUGUGUCUCAUAAGGAUAAAGAAAAAUGGCUAAUAGCAAUGCAGGAUGAGUUAGAAUCUCUGCAGAAAAAUCAAACUUAUGAGAUUGUAGAACUUCCUAAAGGGAAGAAGGCACUGAGGAACAAAUGGGUGUUCAAGCUGAAGAAGGAUGCAAGCGGACAAGUGGUGAAACACAAAGCUCGGUUGGUUGUCAAAGGAUUCCAAUAGAAGAAGGGAAUUGACUUUGAUGAGAUCUUUGCACCAGUUGUCAAGAUGACCUCAAUCCGAGUUAUACUUGGCUUGGCAGCAAGUAUGAACUUGGAGCUUGAACAGAUGGAUGUGAAGACAGCAUUUCUUCACGGAGAUUUGAAAGAAGAAAUCUAUAUGCAGCAGCCGGAAGGUUUUGAGAGCUCAAAUGAUAACUUUGUGUGUAAGUUAUCUAAAAGUUUGUAUGGCUUGAAGCAGGCACCAAGGCAGUGGAAUAAGAAGUUUGACUCAUGCAUGAAGAGUCAAGGCUACAAGAAGACUACUGCAGAUGAGUGUGUAUACAUCAAGAAACUCCCAGACGGUACUUUCAUUGCUCUUCUACUAUAUGUAGACGACAUGUUGAUCGUUGGGAAAGAUGCAGUGAUGAUAAACCAGCUGAAGAAAGAACUCUCUAAGUGUUUUGAUAUGAAAGACUUAGGACCGGCUCAACAGAUUCUUGGGAUGCAGAUCACUCGAGACAGGAAGAAUCGCAAGUUAUGGCUUUCUCAAGAGAAGUACAUUGAACGAGUACUUGAGAGAUUCAACAUGAAUGAUGCCAAACCAGUUAGUGUUCCACUUGCGAAUCACUUCAAGUUGAGCAAAAGAACAUGCCCUACAUCCAAGGAAGAGAUCGGGGAGAUGUUAGCAGUUCCAUAUUCUUCGGCAGUUGGGAGUUUGAUGUACGCCAUGGUAUGCACAAGGCCAGACAUCGCACAAGCAGUGAGUACAGUAAGUCGUUUUCUCUCUAACCCUGGGAAGGAGCAUUGGGAGGCAGUCAAAUGGAUUCUCAGAUACUUGAAAGGUACCACGAAGUUAUGUCUUUGUUACGGAGGAGCUGAUCCAAACUUGGAAGGCUACACAGAUGCUGAUAUGGCCGGAGAUAUUGAUAGUAGAAAGUCUACUACAGGAUAUAUCUACACUUUUGCAGGGGGGAGCUGUUUCUUGGCAAUCAAGAUUGCAGAAGUGUGUCGCUUUAUCUACAACAGAAGCAGAAUACAUUGCUGCCGCUGAAGCAGGUAAGGAAAUGUUGUGGCUAAAGCGCUUUCUCCAAGAAUUUGGGAUCCACCAGAAAGAGUACCAGGUACAUUGUGACAGUCAGAGUGCUCUAGACUUGAGCAAGAACUCUAUGUACCAUUCUCGUACAAAGCAUAUUGAUAUUCGGUAUCAUUGGAUACGGGAGACGAUUGAUCAACAACGGUUGAGACUAGUGAAGAUCAAUACAAAGGAGAAUCCAUCAGACAUGCUGACAAAGGUGGUGACACGAGAUAAGCUAGAGCUAUGCAGAGACAUAGUCGGGAUGCUUGUUUUGAAUAUGCCUGGAAGGGGAGAAUUGAAGAAUUCAAUUUCCAGGACAUAUCCAAGUACAAGCAAAUUGAAGAAUCCAAUUGCAACAACCAUGAAGCUUCCUCCAUGUGCAAGCAACAACCAUGAAGCUUCAUCCAUGUGCAAGAAUGACAAAGGGAGCUUCCUCAAAGUUUCCUCAUGUUUAAUCCCACCUUCCUCCCACCUUCAUAGUACCUAGUUUUGGUGCUAUAAAUAGAGAGCUUGGAGAGUCUUUCUAUCAUCAAGUAAAUUAGAAUAGAUCAUCAUAGCACAACCAAGAAGAGUUGUGAAUAUCCUUGAGAGAUAUGUGGGGUGUUGUUUUGAGAGUUUUUUAAUUAGAGCUUGUAUGUCUCUUCUUUCUAUUCUUGAAAGUAAUAGAAGUGUUUUUCUCUCAUAUUAGCACGAUCCUGUUAUUCCCAACACUAAGUUCCUCGAGACCUGCUAUCAAGUGAGACAUGUCAAUCAUGUUGGACAUCAAACUGUGCACCUUAAAAGCCCACAUGAUUUCAGUGAUAUGAUUUACCCGUACUUUUCCUUUUGUUUGAAAGUUGUAUAACUAAUUUGUUAUCCACUUUGUAGCUUUUAUCAUCUAAAUCUUUCGGGUGCAUAUAUGUAUUUGUUUACAUUUUCUCAAUUUUUUUACCUAUUACCUAGUAUGAUGCCAUGUUGUAUUUUUGUAUUUGU